AUGAUUUUCAAAUCAUUUCUAUGUGUUCUACUUUACAUUCCAUUAGCACAUAUGAUUUCUGCUAAUUUUUUUGUGGAAUUACGAUUGGUUUCAACACAUUCCUCAAUGAUCAUCAAUUAUCCACAACAUACAGUUCAGAAAGUAGGAAAUACAACCUUUGUUAUCGGACCUUUUCGUGAAAAUGAUCCAAUCACUAUUUCACUAUCAUUACCCGUAAUUCCAUUUCGAUAUGUAAGUCGAAGUUUGACAACCGAAAGAACAUGGAAUUCCGAGCAUUUCGAGCCAUUAAGUACUUUUGUACAUUAUCGAUCAAUUUGCGGACCAUCGCUAUAUGGGCCUAGAUGUAUCAAAUACUGUCGCAAACGUGAUGAUAGCACUGGUCAUUUCACUUGCUCUGAGAGUGGGUUAAAAAUCUGUCUUCCUGGCUGGCAAGGAGCCAAUUGUGAUUUGAUUUUCACGACACCUAAACCAACCGAGACUAUUGGAACAACUAUGAAAACUUCCUCAGUUCAAACGACAAUAACGACAACAACAACGAUGGAACCGGCGACAUCAGCUCCUACAGAGAACGAGAAAACGAUGUCCACCAUGGAAAAGAUCUCUUUAAAACCAACGAGCUUUCCUUUUGACGUCUCUUCGGACUAUUUCAUUGUUGAACAUCGUUUCCCCGGUCUCAUUUUACUCAUAUGUCUGGGAUUUCUCCUAGGAGUUUUACUAUUCCUUAUCUUCUUGAUUCUUUGUGUUCACAGAGAUGUACUCCAUCCAUUCCAACGUUUUGAGAAUUGGCUAAGUUGUCGACGUAAUCAGCGAGAACAGUAUGCAUAUCAACGAUCUCAAAACCAAUGUGUUCACAAGGUUUAUUCAUUGCCAAUCGACUUGACACCUACAGCGCACGGUGGUGUUUCCAAAAGCCAUUUGAUGACAGGAGAUACAUCAAUGGAACGCUACUCAUCUCAUCGUAUGAGUACAACAUCUUGUCCUCCAGUGGGUCCAUCGUCUAUAAUCCCAAGUAAGGCUAAAGCAUUCCCUCCCUCACCACCCGCAUUACCAUCAACUAAUAACUCAUCUAACUGCUACUUUGCUUAUGAAGCAAUUGAUAUGCUACCGAUACCCAAUUCACGUAAACCAUAUGUUUAUAUGUCUCAGGAAGAUUUAAAAGUUUGA